CUGUUGACUCGACGGUCUCUAGUUAAACGGCGCGCAAGCGACCUCAUUGUUGUUAGACGAGAGCAAACAAGUGGACUCGUGAGUGUUUUGUGCUUGAAAUUGCCGUAUUAUCGUUCAAAAUGCCGGUCUUGGAUAAAAGGAAGGGAGACGAUAUUCUAUCGUUGCUUCCUGCCUCUAAAAGAACGAGACAGGAGGUCGUAUUUAGCAGCAGAGAGAGAGCGAUUUUGGAAAGCGGUGUAAACGGUACACCGCGAACAUCCAACCUAACUGCGGUGGUGAUGUUACUCGAGGGACAUGUAGGAGAUAUCUUUUCCCUCGAAUUCCAUCCGGAUGGACAGUUCCUCGCGUCGACGGGACACGAUCGACAAAUCUUUCUCUGGAACGUUUAUGGGGAAUGCGAAAACAUUGGUGUUAUGACUGGACACAAUGGAGCUGUGAUGGAAUUGCACUUCAGUCCAGAUGGCUAUUAUCUUUACACAGCCAGCACAGACAUGACACUGGGUUUGUGGGACUUAGUAUCUGGGACACGUGUUAAGAAGAUGAAGGGUCACAUUCUGUUUGUGAAUUCUGUAUCUGGUGCACGGAGAGGACCUAUGAUGCUCUGCUCAGGUAGUGACGACUGCACAAUACGUGUCUGGGAUCCGAGGAAACAUAAUGAAUGUUGCACCCUAAAUAAUACAUAUCAGGUGACUGCGGUGACAUUCAAUGACACAACAGAACAAGUCAUUAGUGGUGGUAUCGACAACGAUAUAAAGGUGUGGGACCUCAGGAAAAAUGCAGUGCUUUACAAGUUGAAGGGACACAGCGACACCGUCACCGGAUUGAGCCUCAGUCCAGACGGCUCGUAUUUACUCUCUAACGCCAUGGACAAUACGCUGAAGAUUUGGGACGUAAGGCCGUUCGCUCCCUUCGAACGUUGCGUGAAAGUAUUAUCUGGACACCAGCACAAUUUCGAAAAGAAUCUUCUGAGGUGUGCAUGGUCACCAGACGGCAGCAAGGUAUCCGCGGGCUCGGCGGAUCGAUUCCACUAUAUCUGGGACACCACGAGUCGUAGAGUCGUGUACAAAUUGCCAGGACACAAUGGAUCUGUGAAUGAUGUCGAUUUCCAUCCGAAAGAACCUAUUGUGGCCUCUGCAGCAAGCGAUAAACAAAUCUACCUAGGUGAAAUUGACUAAUAAUACAAACUAUAUUUACUAUAAUUGUUUAAGUGUACGUUAUAUGUAUUGUUACGUUUUGCUACUAAGCAAAACGUCUUGUAGAAUAUCGUCAUUCGCAAUACGUUUAAAAAUCAAUGUUAAUAAUAGUACAAUAUGACAUCCUAUUUAUGUAUAUCAUUACAGUGAAAUAUAUAUUUCCCGAUCAUUUGA